CUGCAUCCAGACAGACAGCACACCACCUGAGCAGCGCCUAGCAGAUUUCGCCUGUAACUACAUGAAGUCAGGAAAUUUUGACUAAGGACUGCAAACCCCCACCCCACCUGUGCCCCCUACUGCCAUGGAGAUCAUCUUACUUCUCCUCGUGCUUGAAGCAGUCUCCUCCAGCCGCUUCAGGGAAUUCCACAGAGGGGAAAAAGAUAUGAACUGGACUGCAGCUCAGCAGUACUGCAGACAGCAUUACACUGACCUGGUCACCGUGCACAGCCAGGAGGAAGCUGAUCAGCUGCUUAAAAUGUUAGGAGAUGGUGACAGCGGCUGGAUCGGUCUGCACCGUGGCGAUAUGAGUGAUAAAUGGUCUGAUGGGGACACAUCUAAUUUCAUUAACUGGCUUAAUCCUGGGGGAAAGGAGCCACCAUACUGUGCUGCCAUGACAGUGGAAGGAGGAUGGGAGACACUCAGUUGCACAGAGGAGAGAGAUUUCAUGUGUUACAGGAAAGAGGUCACAGACCCCUCUCUCAGAUACACUCUGGUGGAGGAGACAAGAUCUUGGUACGACGCACAGAAGCACUGCAGGAUGAGCUACACUGACCUGGUCAGCAUUAAGAAUGAGAGCCACAAUGAUCAUAUAAAGAACAAAGGGCAAAACAUCGCCCCCUUCUGGAUCGGCAUGAUACAUGACGACUGGGCAUGGUCUGAUGGGGGGUGUUCCACCUACAGAAACUGGUAUGCUGGAUACCCUAUGAAAAGCCCAUCUGACUGUGUGUAUAUGCUGAAAGCUGAUGAGGGGACAUGGUUUAAUGUCGGAUGUGAUAACGAUCAUUUCCCCCUCUGUUACAAAGUUAAACUGAAAAUACAUCUCAUUAAUGAGCCAAAGACAUGGGAGGAAGCUCAGCACUACUGCUAUACUCACCACAGGAGCCCACUGAUCAUCCAAUCAGAGCAGGACCAGCAUGCAGUGCAGCAGGUGCUGCAGUGCAAGAACUUCUCAGGCUAUGUGUGGCUGGGUUUGAGGCAGAGCCGCCUCUUUGGGUUCUGGGUCUGGGCCGAUGGGAUCACAGUGGGGUGGAGCAACUGGGAGGGGGGGAGCCAACCUGAGCAGCCACUGUCCCACAUCUGUGCAGCCAUGGCAACAGGAGAGGGGGGAUUCAAAUGGAGCGACCAGAACUGCGUCUCCAAGUUCUCCUUCCUCUGUGAAGGGUAG